ACUUGUCAAAACAAAGAUACAAACGUAAAUAAACAAAAUAAAUUAAAAAAUAUUUUGUUAUUGCAGAUUUAAUCACUUAAAGCGAUCAGAAUCAUAUUUUCAAUUAAACUUCACUAACUACUCUAUGAUAUUUUCAGAACAAUGUACCAACGUACUUACAUUGUGUUUCAUUAUUCCUGAAGCAUCAAUAGGGGUCAUCUAUUAACCUGAAGAUGUUACCUCAAGAUCGGUCAUAGGUUGCGUUUAUGAUUAGCGGUAAUCUGUCGGGCGCAGUAUGUGAGUUGCUCCAUCCGUCGGCGCAUGAUCGAGCAUCCAGUCACCGUCGCCGGGCGUCAGUACCUCCAACGCCCUCGACGCUACCGCACGUCUCUCGGUUCCAACGCCACCUCAUAGCGGGCUGCACAAAUAAUGACUGACACCACCCCCGAAACGCGGCUCCCCAAAUAAGUUAAGGGCGACAACCCUCCGUACGUUAAGUUAUGGCCGGAACGCGCGCGCUAUUCACAACUCACGGUUUAAAAUCCAAUAAAUUAUAGUGGUUCUGUUUGUUUGAGUUCUGUGAAAAAGACGUUAAUACUAUACCAGUUUGAAAUACCGAGAAAAUUUAUAACAAGAGAAAAGUACUCUGUUCAAAAUGAUACAGGACAGCGAGAACUCCGCUCUGACUGAGCAAAUUGCCGCUUUCAAGAGCGACCCAGAGAAACUCCGGGAGGCCACUGAAUUUGUAGACCAACUCAUACAGCAAGCAAAGAAAGAGGCUGAACUAAAACAAAAAGAGAAAGACAGAAGUAAAUUCGAAUCGUCUGAUGCUAGUUCAGGUAAUUUGAAGAGGCGACUGGGCCGGGCGCGAGGCUUCGUGCUUCGUAUGUUCGACGCGCUGUGCAACUGCACACAAACUGCAGCGGCCGCGGCCCGCACCACGGCCCGAAACAACCCCUUCACGAAGCGUUAACCCGAUCACAUAAUGUCACCUGGAUUGUGUAUUCGUUAAUUUCUUUGUCUCAACCUUUGCUUAGAAUGUUACCUGCAAC